UGAAACAGGAGUCCUGUUUGAAAUUCAUUAUCCAGAAAAAUAUAAUGUUUUCACAAGAGUAAACAUAAGCUAUUGGGAAGGUAAAGACUUCCGGACAAUGUUAUAUAAAGACUUCUUUAAAGGAAAAACAGUAUUUAAUCACUGGCUGCCAGGAAUAUGUUAUAGUAAUAUCACCUUUCAGCUGGUAUCUGAGGCAACUUUUAAUAAAAGUACUCUUGUGGAGUAUAGUGGUGUCAGUCAUGAACCCAAACAGCAUAGAACAGCCCCUUAUCCACCUCGAAAUAUCUCAGUUCGUAUCGUAAACUUGAACAAAAACAACUGGGAAGAACAGAGUGGCAGUUUCCCAGAGGAAUCGUUCAUGAAAUCACAAGAUACAGUGGGAAAAGACAAACUCUUCCAUUUUACGGAUGAAACUCCUGAAAUUCCCUCUGGCAACAUUUCUUCUGGCUGGCCUGAUUUUAACAACAGUGACUAUGAAACUACAUCCCAGCCAUAUUGGUGGGACAGUGCAUCUGCAACUCCUGAAAGUGAAGAUGAAUUCGUCAGUGUACUUCCCAUGGGCUAUGAAAAUAACAAUACACUCAGUGAAACAGAGAAGUCAACACCAGGCUCUUUCUCUUUUUUCCCUGUGCAAAUGAUACUGAGUUGGUUACCACCAAGGCCGCCCACUGCCUUUGAUGGGUUCCAUGUCCACAUAGAAAGAGAAGAAAACUUUACUGAAUAUUUGACAGUGGAUGAAGAAGCACAUGAAUUUGUUGCAGAACUGAAGGAGCCUGGGAAAUAUAAGUUAUCUGUGACAACCUUUAGUUCCUCAGGAUCUUGUGAAACUCGAAAAAGCCAGUCAGCAAAAUCACUCAGUUUUUAUAUCAGUCCUUCAGGAGAGUGGAUUGAAGAACUAACUGAGAAGCCCCAGCAUGUGAGUGUCCAUGUCUUAAGCUCAACCACUGCCUUGAUGUCCUGGACAUCUUCCCAAGAGAACUACAAUGGCACCAUUGUGUCUGUGGUGUCACUCACCUGCCAGAAACAAAAGGAGAGCCAGAGGCUAGAAAAACAGUACUGCACUCAGGUGAACUCGAGCAAAUCUAUUAUUGAAAAUCUGGUUCCUGGUGCCCAAUACCAGGUUGUGAUGUACCUAAGAAAAGGCCCUUUGAUUGGACCACCUUCAGAUCCUGUGACAUUUGGAAUUGUUCCAACUGGCAUAAAGGAUUUAAUGCUCUACCCCUUGGGUCCUACAGCAGUGGUUUUGAGCUGGACCAGACCUUACUUAGGAGUGUUCAGAAAAUAUGUGGUUGAAAUGUUUUAUUUCAACCCUACAACAAUGACAUCAGAGUGGACAACCUACUAUGAAAUAGCAGCGACUGUCUCCUUAACCGCAUCAGUGAGAAUAGCUAAUCUGUUGCCAGCAUGGUACUACAACUUUCGAGUGACCAUGGUGACAUGGGGAGACCCAGAACUGAGCUGUUGUGACAGUUCCACCAUAAGCUUCAUAACAGCCCCGGUUGCUCCAGAAAUCACUUCUGUGGAAUAUUUCAACAGUCUGUUAUACAUCAGUUGGACGUAUGGAGAUAACACGACUGACCUCUCCCAUUCCAGAAUGCUGCACUGGAUGGUUUUUGCAGAAGGAAAGAAGAAAAUUAAAAAGAGCGUAACACGCAAUGUCAUGACUGCAAUUCUCAGCCUGCCUCCAGGAGAUAUCUACAAUCUCUCAGUAACUGCUUGCACUGAAAGAGGGAGCAAUACCUCCAUGCUCCGCCUUGUCAAGCUAGAACCAGCUCCUCCGAAAUCACUCUUUGCAGUGAAUAAAACCCAGACUUCGGUAACUUUGCUGUGGGUGGAAGAAGGAGUGGCCGAUUUUUUUGAAGUCUUCUGUCAACAGGUUGGCUCUAGUCAGGAAACAAAACCCCAGGAACCGAUUUCUGUGUCUUCUCAUGUUGUGACCAUCUCCAGCCUUCUUCCGGCCACUGCCUACAAUUGUAGUGUCACCAGCUUUAGCCACGACAGCCCCAGUGUCCCCACCUUUAUAGCUGUCUCAACAAUGGUUACAGAGAUGAACCCCAACGUGGUCGUCAUCUCAGUACUGGCCAUCCUUAGCACGCUGCUGAUUGGGCUGCUGCUCGUUACCCUGAUCAUUCUCAGGAAAAAGCACCUGCAGAUGGCUAGGGAAUGUGGAGCAGGAACUUUUGUCAAUUUUGCGUCCUUAGAGAGGGAUGGGAAGCUUCCAUACAAUUGGCGUAGGAGUAUAUUUGCUUUCUUAACCCUGCUACCCUCAUGUCUUUGGACUGAUUAUCUUUUGGCAUUUUAUAUUAAUCCUUGGAGUAAAAAUGGUUUAAAGAAGCGAAAACUGACUAACCCAGUUCAACUGGAUGACUUUGACGCCUACAUCAAGGAUAUGGCCAAAGAUUCUGACUACAAAUUUUCUCUCCAAUUUGAGGAGUUGAAAUUGAUUGGACUGGAUAUUCCCCACUUUGCUGCAGACCUACCACUGAACCGAUGUAAAAAUCGUUACACAAACAUUCUACCAUAUGACUUUAGCCGAGUAAGAUUAAUCUCCAUGAAUGAAGAUGAAGGAGCAGAUUACAUCAAUGCCAACUACAUUCCUGGGUACAACUCACCCCAGGAGUAUAUCGCCACACAGGGGCCACUGCCUGAAACCAGAAAUGACUUUUGGAAGAUGGUCCUACAACAGAAGUCUCAGAUUAUAGUCAUGCUCACUCAGUGCAAUGAGAAAAGGAGGGUGAAAUGCGACCAUUACUGGCCCUUCACAGAAGAACCCAUAGCGUAUGGAGACAUCAAUGUGGAAAUGAUCUCAGAGGAAGAGCAGGAUGACUGGGCCUGUAGACAUUUCCGGAUCAACUAUGCUGAUGAGAUGCAGGAUGUGAUGCAUUUUAACUACACUGUAUGGCCUGAUCACGGUGUGCCCACAGCCAAUGCUGCAGAAAGUAUCCUACAGUUUGUACAUGUGGUCCGACAGCAAGCUACCAAGAGCAAAGGCCCCAUGGUCGUGCACUGCAGCGCUGGGGUCGGCCGGACGGGAACAUUCAUCGCCCUGGACAGGCUCUUACAGCACAUUCAGGAUCAUGAGUUUGUGGACAUCUUAGGGCUUGUGUCAGAAAUGCGGUCAUACCGGAUGUCCAUGGUCCAGACAGAGGAGCAGUACAUUUUUAUCCACCAGUGUGUGCAAAUGAUGUGGAUGAAGAAAAGGCAGCAGCUCUGCAUCAGUGACGUCAUCUAUGAGAAUGUUAGCAAGUCCUAGUUCACAAUCUGGAGCAGUUCUUUUUCAACAAACCAGGUCUGGUUCAGAAGAGUCUGCAGUCCGACUCUUCAGACUCCACUGCUGUCUGAGCAAUCUCGGUGCCCAGGCCGUGCAUUCCUUCUUCUGUUGACCUGCAUACCUGCGAAAACCACGUCUUUGAGAACUACACAGGCUGUGAAAACACACUUUGUUUCCCCCAAAGAGCUGGGAAUUUAUGAAGUGACGGCAUUAUGGCAGUGAACUGCAGCAUGCUAGGACAAUUAUUUGGCUUUUUUUUUUUUUUUGGUAUAUUGUCAAGUGUCUAUGAAUUUCAACGGAUUUCUUUUUGCUUUUGUGUUUUUGUUUUUUUGGUCGUCAGUUUCAUUUUAACCCUUGUAACUCGUAACAUUGUAUUCUAUUCUUUAGAUUUUGUAUAAUUACAGUACAUGAUUGUGUAUUGUGACAUGAACACUGUCAAAAUGGAUAUUGAUGGCAUCUUGAGGCCUGUUACUUUGUGUCCCUUCCUGAGACAUGAGAGGUCAUGGGAUGGACAUGCAAGGGAAAAUGUUUCGAGUUGAGAGUAAACACAAGCUGACUGCUUCGCUG